UGUGUGAAAAAAGGUUUAGCGUAAAGGGCAAUUUAACCAGACACAUGAUGAUCCAUACAGGACAAAAGCUCUUAUGUGAUCUGUGUGAAAAAAGGUUUAUUGACAAGGCCAGUUUGAAAAAACACAUGAAAAUCCACACUGGACAGAAACCAUUUUAUUGUGAUCUAUGUGGCCGACAGUUUAAAAGAAGAGGCUGUUUAAAUAGACACAUGAUAAUCCACACAGGACAGAAGCCAUUUUGUUGUGAUCAGUGUAGUAAAAAGUUUACCCAAAAUGACAAUUUAAAAAAACAUAUGAUGAUCCACACAGGACAGAAGCCAUUUUCUUGUGAUCAGUGUAGUCAAAAGUUUACGCAAAAUUACAAUUUAAAACAACAUAUGAUAAUCCACACAGGACAGAAGCCAUUUUCUUGUGAUCUAUGUGAAAAAAGAUUUACUCAAAAUAGUCAUUUAAAAAAACACAUGGAAAUCCACACAGGACAAAAGGCAUUUUGUUGUGAUUUUUGUGACCAAACGUUUACUGAAAAGGCCAGUUUGAAAAAACACAUGAUAAUUCACACAGGACAGAAGCCCUUUUCUUGUGAUCAGUGUGAGAGAAGGUUUAUUCAAAAGGGCCAUUUAAACAGACACAUGAGAUAUCACAGGGGAGAGAAGCCAUUUUCUUGUGAUCUAGCAGAUUCACCUGCCCCUUCUGGAUACAAGGCUGAGGUUGAACUUUUUCUCAGAGGCGUAUCCGCCAAGAAUUGUAUGAUUGGUCAGAAGUUUUUGGGCAUGUUCGUCAAAUUGGAAAUGUUCUCAGACAUUCAAAUGUACGACUACAAAAUUAGUCAAAUGGUCAAAAACUAUUCAAUGGAGAUCGCAUAG